AUGGAAAGUAAAAGGGCUAUAGAAGUCAGUACUCAUUUGUUAAGUAUUUUUCUAACAUUUGGAGCGCCAAGCAUUUUACAAAGUGAUAAUGGCCGAGAGUUUGUUAACUGUGUUAUCGAUAAAUUAAAACAACUUUGGCCGGAGUGUGUUAUUAUACAUGGACGUCCAAGGCAUCCUCAGAGUCAAGGGAGUAUUGAGCGGGCCAAUCAAGACGUUGAACAUAUGUUAAGAGCAUGGAUGCAAGACAAUGUGUCCCAGAGAUGGUCAAUCGGUCUUCAAAUUGUUCAGUGGCAAAAAAAUUGUUCAUUUCACCGUACUAUUGGUAGAAGCCCAUAUAACGCGUUAUUUGGAAAUGACCCAAAAGUUGGAUUGACAAGUUCAAGACUUCCAAAUAAUUUUGUACAAACUAUUACGACUGAAGAAGAAAUUGAAGAAAUUGAGGAGAUUUUACAAUCUUUUUUUUUUCAAUUUCCCAAUAAGUAUAAAUCUUAUAACUUAUAA